AUGGCUGCUGCAGUAUCUUCUUCCACUUUAACUCCUCCUGGUGCUCCCGUUGUUCCUAGCGCCCCUGUUAUUCCUGGUGCUCCUAAUGUACCUUUGAUUAAUCCUCAACUUACUGUAGAGCAAGCUGCUGCUCAAUUUGGUGUUUCUCCCGCAGCACUUCAAACGUCUGCCUCGAUUUACGUUGGUGAACUUGAUCCUUCUGUAACUGAAGCGAUGCUUUUUGAAAUGUUUAAUAAAGUGGGACCAGUUGCUAGUAUUCGUGUGUGCAGAGAUGCCGUUACAAGAAGAUCACUUGGUUAUGCUUACGUUAAUUUUCAUAAUGUUGUCGAUGCCGAACGAGCACUCGACACUUUAAAUUAUACUGUCAUCAAGAACAAACCGUGCCGUAUCAUGUGGUCUCAACGUGAUCCCGCACUUCGUAAAACUGGUACAGGAAAUAUUUUUAUUAAAAAUCUUGAUAAAUCAAUUGAUAAUAAAGCUCUCCAUGAUACUUUCUCGGCCUUUGGAAAUAUUUUAAGUUGCAAAGUUGCUAUUGAAGAUGGGGCUUCUAAAGGUUUUGGAUUUGUUCAUUAUGAAACUGGUGAAGCUGCCGACAGUGCUAUUAAGCAUGUAAAUGGGAUGUUACUUAACGAUAAAAUAGUUUACGUCGGACAUCAUAUUCCUAAAAAAGAACGACAAUCUAAACUUGAAGAAAUUAAAGCCAAAUUCACUAAUAUCUAUGUAAAGAAUUUAGAUACCGGAAUAAGUUUAGAAGAAUUCCGUAAUAUCUUUUCUAAAUUUGGAAUGAUCACUUCAGCAGUUAUUUCCACUGAUGAAGCAGGAAAUUCCAAAGGUUUUGGAUUUGUUAAUUUCGAAAAUCAUGAAGAAGCAGCCAAUGCAGUAAAUGAACUUCAUGAUACGGAAUUAAAUGGUAAACAAUUAUUUGUAGCUCGAGCUCAAAAAAAGUAUGAACGUGAAGAGGAGUUAAGAAAGCAAUACGAACAUGCCAAAUUGGAAAAACAAAAAAAAUAUCAAGGAGUAAAUCUUUAUAUAAAAAAUCUUGAAGACGAUGUAGAUGAUGAAAAAUUACGGCAAGAAUUUUCCAUUUAUGGUGUUAUAACGAGCGCAAAGGUGAUGAGAGAUGAACGACAACAAUCUAAAGGGUUUGGAUUCGUAUGUUUUUCAACUCCUGAUGAAGCAACUAAAGCUGUAACUGAAAUGAAUGGUCGUAUGAUUGGUAAUAAACCAAUAUACGUUGCAUUGGCUCAAAAAAAAGAAGUCAGAAAAUCACAAUUAGAAGCUCAAAUUAAUCAAAGAAACCAACUUCGUAUGCAACAACAAGCGGCGGCUUCUGCUUACGGUAUGCCAGUUGGAUACGCUACUCAUCCCGGAUCAUACGGAAUGAGAACUGGUCGUCCAGCUAAUCAUUUUUAUGGAAUGUUAAAUGUUGUUUCUGGUACGACACCUAAUAUCUGUGCCCCUAAUAAUAAUUUCGGGCAAAUGGUUAAUAAUCGUCCUAACGGUAGACCACAGAAUAACCUAUCUCAAAAUAAUUCAGGAGGAAGAGGAAAUCUUAAUUCUAAUCGUGGGAAUGGAUCAACAUCAUCUGCUGUAACUGCAGUUUUUGAUACUCGUAAAUUAGCUGGAAUUUCACAAGAGGCUCAGAAACAAUACAUCGGGGAACAAAUUUUCCCCAAAAUUUCAGCUCGUCAACCAGAAUUGGCUGGAAAAAUUACUGGAAUGUUAUUAGAAAUGGAUAAUGGAGAAUUGUUACAUUUACUUGAGAAUCAACAAGCUCUCGAUGCUAAAAUAAUGGAGAUCACCAAACUUCUUAAUCCUAUUAUCAUAGAUUUUAAUAGCAGAAAAAUAACUUUAGAAGACGGUCUCGGUUUUUUCGAUCAAAUUAAAGAUCAACUAUUUGCAAAACUCGUAAUUGAACUUAGAAUUCGAAAAAUUUGGGGAUAUUAUAAUAUAACCUUUAAUAAAUUAAUUGAAUAUAUGCGUGUACAAAUAGAAAGUUAUGUUAGUUUCGUUGAGGAAAUUCCCCAAUAUCCAAUUGAUAUAGAAAAUUUUAUAAAAUCUCACGAAAACGCAUUCAGAAUUUUUGAUAAAAAUGUUAACUUUAAGUAUAUCGCUGCUAUGGUAAUUAAGAUAAGGAUACUUGAUUUUUGGGGAUUUAAAAAAAUCAAAUUCGAAGAUAUUAAAUCAAUUUAUAAUAAUCAUGAUGAUAAUCAAAAAAAAGACUUUAUUCAAAAUUCCAUCAAAGAAUAUUUUUCAAGAGGGAGCAAAGAAACCACCGUGAAUUUCGAUAAACUUGGAAAAUUGAAAUUCUUUCUCUUCCUACAUGAUCAAAAUCAAAAUUUGAUGACCGAAGAAACGAAAAAAUAUUUCGCCAUAGCAAAAAAUGUUAAUGAAACUAAAAGAUAUUUCGCUAUUGCAAAAAAUGUUAAUACUUUAAACGAACAUCUUGGUGAAUAUCUUCGUAUAUUUCCCGUUCCAUUUCAUCAUAUGGAUGAAAAUUCUGUUAUAAAAUGUAAAAAUAAACAUAAUAAUGAUCCUAUUGAAUAUAGAAGUAAUUUAAUACCGAAGGAAUUUAUUGUGGUUGUUCAAUCGGAAAACAACACUCCGUAUCAAGUAACAGUGGCAUCGGAUUAUGAAAAUGCAAAAUAUAAUAUAAAUAUUUGUGAUUCGCUUAUGGACCGUGCAAAUGCCGCGGAAGCCAAUAUUAAAAUUUUGAAAAGAAGAAUUGAACACGGCGAAAGAUCUCGAGAAAAAGAAAACUAUGUAACAUUCUUAAGAUUUAUUACUGUUUUGGAAAACAUAAGAGAUUUUAUAAAAAUGUUACUUCUCAAAGAAUUUUUACUUCGACCACGAAUAUAA